AUGUCGGCCGCAGCAGCAACCAAGCCACCAGGCACGCCCCGUCGCGAAGCCAAUACUAGAACCACCUCGUCGUCCCCUGCAGCUGCGAACCGCACGCCAGCCCGCUCCUCGACGCCCACUACAAACGGCACCAGUGGGGUUUCAAGGACACGAUCUGUCCGUGGCGGCGCCAAUGGCACUCCCGUUUCAGCGCGCGCGGCCGUCAAGAAGCCCGCCGCGUCUUCAAAUCUGAGCAACGCCUCGCAGCCCGACGCUGCUGACGACGACGCCAGGGAGGAGCAAGCCGCACUGCUACAGGAGCUCAAGGACCGCCUACAGAAGGCAGAGAACGAGGCGGCAGAGCGACAGAAGCAGGUCGAGAUCCUCAAUUCUCGCCUUGACGAUGCCCUUGCCGAGCAGGCCAAGCUCGAGGAACGUGCGCACGAAGAAGAGGAGAAGGUUGAGUCGCUGGAGAAUGUGAAGCGGGAGCUUACGCGCCAACACCGCGAGCUCGAAGGCAUCUAUGAGGCCGAGAGGGCACAGGUGAUGAAGGAGAAGGAGGAGACGCAGUCGAGAGAGGAAGAAAUGCAGAGCACCAUCCAGCGCCUCAAGGAGACUAUGGCCACAAAGAACAUGCCCACUGGAGAGUUGGAAGAGGAACAGCAUUUGUCACGGGCCUCAAGCUUCCGCAACAACCCAUCCCGCUCCAAUUCCUCGCAGAACCUCGAGAACGUCGCAUCCUUUGCACCGCCCAACUCAGUUCAACGCAGCAACUCGCGAAACAACUCGAAGCUCAUCCACCAGAAGGACAAGAUCAUUGAAGACCUGCGCCUCGAGCUCGCCGAAUAUCAGGUCAAGGUGCUGGAAGUUGAGAACGCUGGAGGCGGACGUAUGCGUGAACUAGAGAAGCAACUGCUUGAGACACGCAUGACCAAUGCUAGGCUUAUGGAAGACAACGAGAGCUUCCAGCUUCUACUGGGAGAGAAGACGCUCAACGGAGACUUGAGCCGCGGCGACUUCCUUCGCGAGACGUCCAACGCCGACGACCGCGUACCGAGCAGGAGCGGUCCUUCAACCAGCUUAGCUGAUGAGCUGCAGUCGGCCGAGGAAGGCGAUGCCGAAGUCGUUCGCAAGCUCGAGGCUGAAGUCAACAGCAUGAAGGCGCAGAACCAAGCCCUUACCCUCUACAUCAACAAGAUCAUCGGUCGCUUGCUCACACAUCAGGGCUUUGAGUCAGUCCUGGGUAACGAUGGUGAGAACGAUCGCGGCUCUGGUCCAGACAAGAACAAAGAUCUGCCACCGCCUCCUCCCCAGGAGAGCGACCAGCCACAAGGAUUCCUCCAGCGCGCUAAAUCUGUCGCCAUGGGCGGAAACAAAAAGCCCAGACCUCUAAGUGUCAUGGGCCCCCCUCCGGUCACCAACCAGCAGAGCGCGCACGAGGACCCCAAUACGGCUCCACGUAUCCCCCUCACGCGCUCUACAUCUGGUCGUCACCCCAGCGGUUCUCACCACCACCGCCGUUCCACUUCCGACGUACCGGGAGCCGCAGGCGUGGUCAAUAACAUGUACCGCCCUUCACCCGCAUCGCCUGGGAUGGUAUCGCCUCGCAACAGUUUCUUCGGUCUUCCUGUCAGCACUGGUCCGGGAUCUAGCAAUCCGGUUUCAAGGGUGCCUUCCGGCCAAGGCCCCACCAUACCUGAAGACAAGGAAGUCGACGCUAGGACAGAGUCAUCUUCCGCGAGCCACGUUGAUACACCCAGCCCACCUCGCCAGUUGACACGCAGUGACACUAGCACUGGUGUUAUGACUGGCAAAGGUAUGAGGCCACUACGCUUGGUCCAGAACGAAGAAGAAGCCAGCAAGGCGCGCAAGGCAGCCAACCGUGCAAGUUGGUUUGGUGGUCUAUUCGGUCAAAACCCACCGCAGAACCAGGAAAACACGCAGUAG